CUGCUCACAUCGUCUGCUCUGGUUGAAACGCUAGAUCUCCGGUCUGCGCAUGCUCAGAAGCAAAGCUGUCUCGAACGUAUGCUCGCAGAAAAGCGCACCUUAGUGCGCAGGUGGUGAUGGCGCGUUGACCGAUGCAACCGACACGCGUUGUUUGCUCAUUCGCGCCGAUGUCUUGACCCGCGUAGUGCGUAGGCCUUUCGAGCCUCGCUACAGCCGGAACCUCUGCUGGUGACUAGUCUGGAGCACACAUUUGCACUCGUUGCUCAGGAGAAUCUCGCCCGACCGCAGAUGGACGAAGUAUGCGCGUUCCCUGCGCUGUUGCCGUUCACCAUCGGCUUCGGCGUCCCGGCCAUCUACGUGCUGACCACGAUGGCUUACCGGCUACGCUACGACUUCGACGCCGUCGUGAGCAGACGGGGCGGCGUGACCAACACGUUCACGAGCAUAAGUCGAGCAACAGCGACCCCGCCGUGGUCUGUUGGCUGGGUCCUAGCAACGGUCGUCCACCUGGUCUGCAGCUUGUGGGUCAACGGUGAGUUUACGGACUACUGGGACGCCCGGGAGCAUCUGCUGCCGCAGGGGCGACGGGACGCGUACCGCAGGACGGUGGAGUGCGCCCGUCACCUGCACUGGCUGCGGGCGGCUGCGCUCGUUCUCGUUUCCGCCAUGACCACUCGUCUUUCCGAGAGACUGCAUUUUAUCUCUGUGACCAUAUUUCUUACCACUGACUACUUUUAUCACCGCUACGUGGACGACCUGGAAGAGGAACUCUUCGCACGCGUCAAGGACCCAACGGUGGCCUGCUCGAGCUUUCACCAUCGCGCUGCCAACGACGUGAUGACAGUGCUGAGCGCUUGCCUCCCGCUGAGCUUGGUGCUUCACUUCUUCGGGAGGGUCUCCUACGCUCAUUCAGCAUUUGGUUUCUUCGAGAUCGUCUAUGGAGGCUGUCAUGGAUGGCAUGAUUUCAUCACCACUGUGGUAGUAACGCGGCAAGCCUACCUGGCCUGCACCGACGACCCAAGCAUGCUAUGGCACUGCUUUCCGUCGCUAUCGUCAGCACUGACCUAGUUGCGCGGGGGAAGCUCCUCCUGGCUGACCUGGUGCCUGUGGCUGCGUUAGUUGCCUUCGGCUUGACACAAGCAAUUGUCUCGUGCUUCAUCGAUACCUGCACCAUAGCGCCAAGAAACCCUCAACAAGCGCGAUCUGUGUGCACUGCUCCAGUUAGGUAUCGCACAAGCUCUGGUCCUUCGAGUACGUGAACAGGUGCUGACGGCUGCUGGUUGAACCUGACAAACGGACUGAUUGCAAAACUCAAUAGUUCAUCUUUAUCAUCUUAGCACUGGAAACGGUUGGAAGCUCUGGAGGCGCUGCCCUUCAGUGAUAGACAUUAAGGAAACUUUGUCCCUGCUUUCAUCAUGAGCAACUAAAAGCUUGUCCAUAGAGUUCAUUUUUAAACGAGGAUACCUUAUCUCCACAAUAUCCUGCUCCUGUGAACAUGUCCGAGGAACUUAAUGGCGAGAUUCAUUCGGGAGACGCUAAAGUCAAUGAGCUCAUCAAGAAAGAGCUGGAACACAUAGUCGUAAUUAGUGACCCCGCAUGUGCAAGGGCUGAUUGUUGGAGACAAGGUGAUGCGCUUCAAUAUCAUUCUUGUUCCGAAAAAGAUGCUGGCGUGCUUCAGCACAUUUUCACUACGGGUCCACCCGUGAACCUGUGUAAGGGGGCGACUCCAUUUUGCCCCUAUAUUUUAUUAGCCGAAAUACGGUACGUACAGGUAAUUACAAAUACACGUACUAUUUAUUCUACGUAUCUACGUAGAAUAAAUAUUCUACGUACCUUACGCUAUCUUUCCACAUACCUUUCCCCAUACGUGGGCUGGGUUUCCCUGUGCAUUUCGAUGGGCGUUCUUCCCUUGCUCCAUAGAAAACGAAUCGCACUUCAUUGUUCGAACGCCGUGGGUGUGUAAAGCAAGACCGCCAUCUUCAACACCUGACAGCUGCGCCCUACCGCCAGAUAAGGCAGGGCCGGUCUUAGAAAGGUCCACGACUGGGAAUGUAUAUGUUGACUUCGCAUUUACAGGCCUAAUUUGUCUAAAAGAUAAGGGCCAAGACUUUCUGAUUCGCCAUCGUAUACGGGAAAUCUCCCCGAGCGCGUUCAGGGUCGCAUUUGAGGACCACGAAGGAUGCUCUCGCUCGAACUUAACUCGCGUUACAUUUUAUGCCCGGGGGACGUUUGCAGCAUAUAUCUUACCGGGAUGUUCAACAACCUGUGCUCACUGACCUUGAACCUCGAAAACAUAAGCACUACGUUCGCCGCGGACAUUGCAGUUUAUCUCGGAGAGAACAAGAAACGGAGGCAUUUCAGUCCCCGAUACUCCUGCGGCGACGACGGAGGUGCCGUGGCGCUCAUCGAAGCACUGACGCUAAAUAGAACGCUCAAGAAAUUUCCUUUGGCGGAGCUCAAGUUGCGUUCGAAGACUGCGAUCGCCUUCGCCAAGAUGCUGACAGCCAACUCUAGGCUUGAGCUGGUGGACUUGUUCAAUGUGUGUUUCGUGGAAGAUGACAGUGUCAGCGUUCCCUGGGCCAACACAGUUGUGCGGGUGUUUUUAAGAGAUUUCGCAUCGUGUGGAACGGGAAAUUUCUGCCGCCGCUUACCAGACUUAUCGAUCAAAAAGAGUGUUGGCCUGGUGAGCUUUCCAUCGGGAUCACGGCUUCGGUGGACCAGGACGUUCUCCGAGAGUUCUUCGAGUCUGUGGCCAGACACUGCAAUUCGUAAGCUACAUUUCUACCCGAGCGAUGAUGCAUUGGACGCGCUCGCUAUGGCAUCGCCUCGGUCGCGGAGCAGACGGCGACUCAAGGCAAUCCAGAAGCUCAUGUCCGUCAAACCGGGCAACGAGCACCAGCUAGUCAAAGUUCUGAAUGCUUUGAAGGAGAACCGCUCCUUGACAUAGUUCACCACGUACGUAGAAUUGUUGAAGCCAGAAAUAGCGACAUCCUUGUCCGUGUUGCCAACGGUCAACGACACUCUGAACGAUGUUUUUCAGUCUGCAAGUAUUGGGGAAUCGCCGCCUGCCUCGUGGCAACUAUAUAUCCUCCAGGGUCUGAGAAGCAACUACACAUGGACGCCUCUGUUGGUUUCUUGGGACCCUGACGAUGACGUAGAUGUUGUCCUCGAGAUGGCAGAGCUCGUGAAGAGGAACGUCCGUCUCCACGAGAAAGCGGCUGAGCUCGGGAGCACAGGCGGCCUGGGUGAGCGUGACAUUGAAAAAAAAAAUGUGCUCGAGCGCCAAGCUGGUGGAAAUGGUGCAGAGGCUCACUGGAAAGGCGAGCGGUGCUGCGUUGGAUUUGAUACAGGAAUUCUCGGCUCGGUUGUAUGCGUAAGGAGUGGCUUGUGCGAUGCCCUAGUGCUUGACUGGGUAGCUUUUCCAUCGUUAUACACUUGUGUGCGCUUGACACGGCAGCUCAAUACAGCGUGGAUGCGGUGAUCGAACGAGGGCCAGCGUAUUCAUGGAGGCCAUGAAAUGAACAGUGUUUGGUUGCUAAUGUGCUGAUACUUCCCCUUUGUAUUUUAUUAAAGGUGACAUUAACCGUGGCGGUUUGAAGCA